CAGGAUUAUCGAUCCAACGCCUCAAACUCCUUGUUCGAGGAGACGCCCACCCUCCCCCUAACAACAGAGCCACCUACCCAUUCCCUCUCUGUCUUACGCACGGGCCGGCGACCGUUAAAAAAAGCACCGCUAAAAAACUCCAGCGGACCGUCCAGCCUUCCCCGGUUUUUUAUUAUUAAUCCCGCUGCGUGUAACCUUUACCAUGGCGGCGAGUGCGAAACGAAAACAAGAGGAGAAACACCUAAAGAUGCUGAGAGAAAUGACGAGUUUGCCUCCCAACAGAAAGUGCUUCGACUGCGACCAACGCGGCCCAACCUAUGCCAAUAUGACCGUGGGCUCCUUCGUGUGCACCUCCUGCUCCGGCAUCCUACGAGGACUGAAUCCACCUCACAGAGUCAAGUCCAUCUCCAUGACAACCUUCACGCAACAGGAAAUAGAUUUCCUACAGAAACAUGGCAAUGAGGUAUGUAAACGGAUGUGGCUGGGCCUUUAUGAUGACAGAACCACCUCAAUACCAGACUUCAGAGAACCGCAGAAGGUCAAGGAGUUCCUUCAAGAGAAAUAUGAAAAGAAGAGAUGGUACGUACCUCCUGAGCAGGCCAAAGGAGUUGCAACCGUCCAUGUUUCCAUCUCUGGCUCGUCAAACAGCAGCACCAGCAGCACCCCGGAGGUUAGACCACUGAAAUCCCUGCUGGGGGAGUCGGCCCCCUCCCUGCACCUCAACAAGAACACCCCACCUAAUCAGUCUCCAGUCGUGAGCCGUGGACAAACCCAUCAGCAGCAGUUCCAUGACAAAAGGUUUGACCUCCUCAGUGACUUGGGUGGAGACAUCUUUGCUGCCCCGGCCAACAUGAACGCAGGCGCCAGCUCCAGUUUUGCUAACUUUGCACAGUUCAACAGCCACCCAACAGCGCAGAAUCACAACGCAAAUGCAGACUUUGCUAAGUUUGAUGCAUUUGGGAGCACCUCUGGGUCGACAGGUGGUUUUCCCUCUGCAGCCCAAGCCUCAUUCCACCCCUCAAAUACAGGUAGCGCCUCAGGGGGACUAGCAAAUGCCAAUUUUGCAAAUUUUGACAGCUUCCCCAAAUCGUGUAGCGCUGACUUUGGAUCCUUCAGUUCCUCCUCCCAGAGUAACUCCACGGGAGCUGGCAGAGAUGCUGUUCAGAGUACUAGCCUCCCUACCGAUAGAUACGCAUCCCUGGCUGACCUGGAUAACGUGUUUAGCUCUGCCAUAACGGAGCAAGGAGGUGGUCUUCCUGUUGGGGUGAGCUCAGCUGCAGCAGCAGGAGUGGGUGGUUUGCCUCAGAAGCAGUCAGCAGUGCAGGCAAGAGGGGACCGCUAUGCUGCUCUAGCUGAGCUUGAUACGGUCUUUGGCCCCUCAGUCCCUGCUACCAGUGUUUACAACACCACCAGCACCUCACAAGGGGGCAUGUUUGGCCCAGAGACUGGGAUGUCAACAGCGCACGCACAGCAGGCCCUGCCUGGCAUGGCUCAAGGUUUUGGUGCUCAGUCAACUAAUCCGUUUGUAGCUGCGCCGGCAACAGCUCCCACCAACCCCUUUCAGUGCAACGGCAGAGCAGCUAAUAUGGCGGCAGCGGCUGCGGCUGCAGCAGCAUCAUUUGGCACAGGCUCCAUGAGUAUGCCAGCUGGAUUUGGGAAUGCUGCAGCCUUCAACCUCCCCACCAGCUUUAGUGGAACCUUCCAGCAACCCUUUCCUGGCCAGGCUCCCUUUCCUCAGCCUCCUGUGUAUCCCCAGCAACUCAACGGUGGAGGAUUUCCAGCCUUUGGUCAGGCCAAGCCUGUUGUGACUCCUUUCGGGCAGGUCAUGGCUGGACCGAUGGUCUCUAGCAACCCUUUCCUGGGUGCUGGUCCAUCUGCACAAUAUCCAGCCGGAGGCUCUUCAACAAAUCCCUUCUUAUAGCGAUCCAUCCAAUCAGCUCCACUACAGGGUCAACAACUGGCACGCUUGCACUUAUUGCACUGUUUUGUUUCACAAGUAGCUUUAAACACAAUGUUUGUAAGGAUUUGUAUUUUGUAUCGCAGUUUGUCACAAAUGGAACAAUAUGACAGACAGCCAUGCUGACACGAUCAUUUGCUACAAAUCAAACUGAUGGUAUGUGCAAGGGGAGAGGUUGAUCCCCUCUUCUCUAUUUAACCUGUGAACUGGCCUGGACUCUACUGAACCACAAUGUAUAAUCAAACUGGCUGAAAACUAAGUUAUUGCAUACAGUCUAUCCCAUUCAUUAUGCUGCAACUCUGUACAUAUUAAUUUUUCCUUUGGGAAAUUAGCGCUUUGUGCAUAUCAGUAUUUGUAUCUUACACAUAAGAUUUGUUAAGACAGAACUGUUGCUUGGAUAAGUUAAUUGGUACUGCCACUUACUGUAAUUGUGAAGAACCAAACUGUUUAUUUGUGCAGGUUCCUUUUUGAGGUUAACUGUUCUCACUGAAGAAAAAAAAAAAAGCCUAUUCUGUUGAGAGGAAAAGUGACUGCCCA